AUGGGGUGGGUGCUAAAUGAUGUUUUAACAGUGUCAGUAUUUCUUCAAAUGAGUAGUCUUGUGGUAUAGCAGGAGAUCUCAGUGAGCGGACAGUAUCAAAAGUCUUAGAUCCAAUAACACUCAGUAACACAGCUCUCUUCUGAAUAGCAUCAACCACCUUGUUAGCUUCCAGGGAAAAAAAACUAAACUGUCAGCAUAUGAGUCCCAUGAGGCUGGAUUAGCCAGAUCAAAUUCCUCCAUGUGUCCCAGAGAGGCCAUGCUGGAGAUAUUUGUAGAUAAUAGAAUUCCAAAAGAAAAGUGUUACUUACUGAUUUUAUUUCCUUUAUAUAUAUUCUGCAGUGUCCAUUUACUGACAUCCCAUCCUCGUCGCCAGUUUAAUGUAUUAGCAUGUUAUAUAUUCACAAAAUGGCUCUCAGACAUUGUAGUAAAAUAGGACUUCUCUUUACUUCAGUACACACACAUAAUGACCUAACACAAGAGAGACUAACACAACAGAACAAGUGCAUAACUUCACUAUGCUGCCAUCUACUGGAAGGUGGACUGCAUAAACCCCAAUACAUAACAACCACAAUUUGUUAGAGUAAAAUCUUUUAAUAUUAUUUCAAUCACAUGGUCAGAUCAUAAUAUGGUUAAACUGCAAUUGGAAACCCAAUUUCUUAGACACCACCCAGACUAUAAAGUAGAUGAUAAACUACUCAUAUCUAAAGUUAAGAGACCAUAUUUCAAAGGCAAUUGACCUUUAUUGGCUGGAUAACGGUGAUAAUGAAGUUUCCCCUAUGGUGAAAUGGUGUGCCUGUAAAAGCGUCAUCAAAGGUCAUAUAAUCAGUUUAGGAGCACAUGUAAAGUUAACCAAUGCAAAAUCUUUAUCUGAUCUAUAUAUUGAACUUGAUGAAUGUAACACAUUAAAUAUAUUGUCUCCUUCCAGAACUUUAUCAAAUAAAAAUUAUUGAAAAUAAGAUUAAUUAUAUUCUAAUACUCCAAAGUAAACAGAAAUAUGCAAUUCAGGAAAACUAAUUUUUAUUAUGCAGGAAUAAAGCGGACAAAUUACUCACCAAUAAAGUCAAAUUACAACAAAAUAAGAAACUAAUAAAUAAAAUAAGACAAGGCCAAGUGUCAGGAUCCAAAUCCUAAUUUCUGAACUUUAUGCAUUUUAUUAAAUUUUGUUCCAGCAGUAACUAUGUUUUGUUACUAGGGGCCUCCCUAACCACUAGAACUUUCCUUCCCUCUACCUCACCUGCCUGUGUUAAUUACUUCUGCUACUAAAGGUCACACCCUGCUCACUAAUGUGCCUUUACAUUGAAUGAAGUUGAUGGUCUAUCUGUAAGUACUCCUGAACCUUACCUAUGCUACACACCUGCCUUGUUAAAGGACCACUCUAGGCACCCAGACCACUUCAGGUUAAUGAAGUGGUCUGGGUGCCAGGUCCUUCUAGGGUUAACCCAUUCUUUUAUAAACAUAGCAGUUUCACAGAAACUGCUAUGUUUAUGAAUGGGUUAAGCCUUCCCCCAAAGCCUCUAGCGGCUGUCUCAUUGAAAAUCACAGUGAGAGCACGCAAGCGUCCAUAGGAAAGCAUUGGAGGAUCGGAGGAGGAGAGCUCCCCGCCCAGCGCUGGAGAAAAGGUACGUUUUUACCCCUUUCCCCCUUCCAGAGCUGGGUGGGAGGGGGACCCUGAGGGUGGGGGCACCCUCAGGGCACUAUAGUGCCAGGAAAACAAGUGUGUUUUCCUGGCACUAUAGUAGUCCUUUAACAACUUGCUUUAUACCAACCUUACCUACGCUACAAAACUGCCUUGUUACCAUCUUGCUUUAUACCAACCUUACCUAUGCUACAGCCCUGCCUUGUUACCAACUUGCUUUAUACCAACCUUACCUACCCUACAGACCUACCUUUGUUAGCAGCCCUUACCUACCCUACAGACCUGCCUUGUUACCAGCCUUCCUUUGUUAGCAGCCCUUACCUACGCUACAGACCUGCUUUAUUUUACCAGCCUGGUAGAAACCUACAUAAUCUUCAUAACCUGACACCUGAAGGCUAUAAAGAGUUUCUUUCCUGAUUCUACUAAUAACCAGAAACUCUCCAACUAUAAGUCAAGUAACUCUUCUACAGGUUAUUAUAGGUAUGCAUGUGAUCCUUAAUCUAUACCUAGAUUCCUUUAUUUCAAAGAGUAAUUACCUGCAUUAUCAGCACUUUAAAACCAGGGGGCUGAUUGCCUAAACGUCUAUUUUACUUGCAUUUCUGAAACCUUUCCAUUCUGUUCUGUUUUACUUGUCUUUCUAUAGAACCUAUACUUUCAUCUAUAGGUUUUCUUUUCUAUCUAAAUAUCUUGUUAUUUACCUGUCUGAGGCAUAUUGCCUAAAUCUCUUUUUCUGUUCUGCCUUUUUUACUUGCCUUCCUCUUUAUAGUUCCUCCUCCCUCUUUGGCUUAAGUAUUCUUAUUGUGUCUAACCAUGUCUAAGGUUCCCAAUAAAGAGCCAAACAUUAACCUGCUCAGGACCGUGACA